CCUGUAAAAGAAUUCUACCGUUGCAGGAACUGCUUGCGUUACGUGGAACGGGAUGGAGUUCAUGGUUUGAAAGAAACUUUUGGGCUGUGAAUUGAGGCAUUGGGCAGAGUCAAGAUGGCCUCUCCGGCAGACAGCUGCAUCCAGUUCACCCGCCACGCAAGUGACGUACUUCUCAAUCUCAACCGCCUUCGGAGCCGGGAUAUCCUCACCGAUGUCGUUAUCAUCGUGAACCGGGAACAGUUCAGAGCCCACAAAACUGUCCUCAUGGCCUGCAGCGGCCUCUUCUACAGCAUAUUCACCGACCAGCUAAAGUGCAAUCUGAACAUCCUCACUCUGGCCCCAGACAUCAACCCCGAGGGAUUCUGCAUCCUGCUGGACUUCAUGUACACCUCCCGCCUCAACCUGAGGGAAAGCAACAUCAUGGCCGUCAUGGCCACCGCGCUCUACCUGCAGAUGGAGCACGUCGUCGAUACUUGCCGAAGGUUUGUCAAGUCUAGCGAAGCCGAAAUGGUCUCUGCAAUGAAGACGCCAAGGGAAGAGUUCUUGACGGGCCGGAUGCUGAGUCAUCCGGAGGUGAUGGCGUACAGGAGCCGGGAAGUCUCCGAGAACAACAUGCCUCUCCGAAACACGCCUCUCUGCGAUGGGAGGGCCUUUGCCUCCAGUUUGUAUAGUGGCCUGUCUGGAUCGCCCCUUUCCUACACUGGAUACAACCCCAUUCCAGUCAACGGUUUCCUCUUAGACGACGAGCUGCGAGAGACGAGGAUGCCCCUGCAGGAUGUCUCGAGGGUCAACCCUUUCCCAAAGGAGAGAACGGUGCCAUGUGACAGCUCCAGGACAAUCCCUACAGACUAUACCAGAGCCGUCACCGAUCUUUCAGCCAACACGUGCCAUGCCACCAUCUAUUCUCCAAAAGAGGCUGCUGCCGAAGAGGCCAGAAGUGACAUGCACUACAGCAUAGCCGCUGGUCCGAAGCCCGUCGCACCUUCGGUCCGAAACAAUCCCUACUUCGCCUGUGACAAAGUGGCCAAAGAAGAAGAGCGGACCUCUUCGGAAGACGAGAUAAGCCAACACUUCGAACCAACCAACGCACCAAUGAACCGAAAGGGUCUCAUCAGCCCCCAGAGCCCCCAGAAAUCAGACUGCCAACCCAACUCGCCAACUGAGUCCAGCAGCAGCAAGAACGCCCGCAUCGCUCAAAGCUCUGGAUCUCUGGGUACCAAGAGCCCUACCGACCCCAAAGCCUGCAACUGGAAGAAGUACAAAUUCAUCGUCCUCAACAACCUCAACCAGAGCACCAAGCAAGACGGUGCUGACCAGAACGAAGCGGGGACCCUCUCCCCUCGCUCCUACGUGUCUACGUCGGCUUGCCAGCAGUCCAUGGAACCUGAGAAUCUAGACGUCCAGUCCCCAACCAAGCUGAGCUUGAAUGGGGAAGACUCGACAAUCCCACAAGCAAGCAGGCUCAACAACAUUGUGAACAGAUCUCUGGAUGGGUCCCCUCGGAGCAGCGAGGGGCAGUCCCCUCUGUACCUGCAUUCCUCAAAAUGCAGCUCCUGUGGCUCCCAGUCCCCCCAGCAUUCUGAGAUGUGCCUUCACACCCCUGGCUCGACCUUCGGAGAGGAAAUGGGCGAAACCCACUCCGAAUACUCCGACUCCAGUUGUGAAAACGGAGCCUUCUUCUGCAAUGAGUGUGACUGUAGGUUCUCUGAAGAGGCUUCCCUCAAGAGACACUCCCUGCAGGCGCACAGUGAUAAGCCCUACAAGUGUGACCGUUGCCAGGCCUCCUUCCGCUACAAGGGAAACCUAGCCAGCCACAAAACCGUUCACACAGGCGAGAAGCCAUAUCGUUGCACUAUCUGCGGAGCGCAGUUCAACCGGCCGGCCAACCUGAAGACCCACACGCGCAUCCACUCUGGAGAGAAGCCCUACAAGUGUGAGACCUGCGGGGCCAGAUUUGUCCAGGUUGCCCAUCUCCGAGCUCAUGUGCUAAUCCACACUGGUGAAAAACCCUACCCCUGUGAAAUCUGUGGCACGCGCUUCCGGCACCUGCAGACGCUCAAAAGUCACCUUCGAAUCCACACCGGAGAGAAACCGUACCAUUGUGAGAAGUGUAACCUGCAUUUCCGCCACAAAAGCCAGCUGCGGCUCCACCUCCGGCAGAAACACGGCGCCAUCACCAACACCAAGGUGCAAUACCGCGUCUCGACAACAGAGCUGCCACCAGAACUGCCCAAGGCGUGCUGAAAGCCAGGUGGAUUUCUCUGCAGGGAGAGAGAGGAAGAGGUGUUUGAGGGAGAGGGGGAAAGAUAUCCAAAGGAUACUUGUAACACUUG